UCAAAUCAUGUGGUUGAUGAUGUCAUAAUGGUCGAGAAUAUGACCAAGGGAGUUGAACUAAAGAUGGUAGUCUUGAAUAGUUGGAGAAAGUCAAUUUCUAUUAUGUUUUGUUUAAGCAAUCAUGUCUUUCUGAUUUUUCAUACAACUAAUACCUUUUUUUAUUCUUUAGAUUUGUUCAUAAUGGUUUAGUUUAUUAGAUGUUUAAUUUUUAUAUAAAAUCUGCAUGAGGAGAUGCCAAGAUGCUGAAAACAUCAAUGACGUAUACGAGUCUGUCAGCAGAUGGCAGUGUGGAGCCCAUCACAAAGCAACCGGAAUGUGAAUUGACCAAUCAUAUUGAGGCGGGAGACUGUACUGAAUCUGGGUUUGGAUACGACUUUUACUAAAGAAGAGGAUGCCAUGGACGGUCUAACUAAUGAGGCGUUUGUAAGCGAAGAAGAAGCUCCCACCCCUCGCCCUCAUAAAUCACAUUACACGUGUUCUGAUUCAAACAAUUGUGAGGAAUGUAACUCGCAUCCAGAUGCAGGGAUCGAUGCAGGAACGAUCACAAUUGAGGAUCAUGAAGUUGUAAUUGUGGAAAAGUCUUCCAGCGCUCCUGGUAGAGCUUUGAGGAAACUUGAUCCUCGUAAAUUGAACUUAACGCUUGAUUUGUUUUCGUCGCGAAAUAAGAAAAAAGAUCGGACAAAAAGUUCGUCGAAUUCAAGUUCCCUUUCCCCCAAAUCUACCUCACCCUUCCCUGGCAGUGUUGGCACAGACACAGCAACCACGCCGGUUUCAAAUACAAAAAAGAACAAACAACCUGUUGAGAAUUUUGUUGCUAAAAAAGAAAUCAAAGCAACAAAUGAGGAAGAAUCAAAUAAUAUGCACAAAUCUUGGUUAUUAAGACUUUUUGAAUCACAAGUAUUUGACAUGUCGAUUGCUCUUCAAUAUCUCUUCCAUUCAAAAGAGCCAGGUGUGAUGGCUUACUUGGGCAACAAACUGUUCAUGUUUCCAAACCAAGAAGUUGAUUUCUACUUGCCAGAGUUGCUUGUUAUGUAUAUUCACAUGGACCAUGACAUGAGGGAAGCAAUUCAUCCAUAUAUACUUUACAGAUGCAAAGAAAGUGUCGAUUUCUCGUUAAACUGUGCAUGGCUGCUCGGAGGCUAUUCUUCUUCAUUCAAUAAAAACUCAAAACGUUUAACGAGGGCCCAGAAGUUGCGCAAUCUUAUUUUAACAGGAGAGCUAACCAAUACACCACAGAGAGCACUUGAUAAAGCUCAUUAUUCAAUCAAAGCAUCCCCAAGUCUAAACGAUCAUUAUAAUAGACAUGCAAGGAAAACUCAUAAAAGAUCAAAAUCUGAUGUUCUUACAGGUGGAAAUGUGAGUGACAGCCACAAUAGAAGUUGGAGGUGUGGUAGCGAAUGGGAUUUAUCUACGGGUCAUGCGUUUCAUUCCAAUGCUGACGAUACCACUGCUGGGAGACUAUGGCCAGAACGAGAGUUUAUAAAAGCGCUCAUGCAUAUCGGUAAAAGGUUAACCACCGAACCAACGAAAGAUGCAAAAACUCACAGAUUAGUUGCUGAGCUUCAGUUGUUAAAUCUAAACCUUCCAGCAAGAGUUUGGCUUCCUUUCCGUGAUUCAAAUCAUCAUAUUGUUCGACUACCAUCAUCUGCUGGUGUUGUACUUAACUCAAAAGAUAAGGCUCCAUACUUGAUAUGUGUGGAGGUGCUUGAAUGCAAAGAGAAAGAGAAAUGUGAUCCUCCAUCCAAGCUAUUGGAGAGUUCACUCCGACAAUCCGUGGAUGACCUGAAGAACUUUAAUCCUCCUCCUACACUGGAGGUUGGUCCUCCAAGGAAGAACAGUUCAUCUUCGGAAGCUACUCCGGAUCAAAUUGUUGUCGAAAACGACACAAGCAUUCCUCCCGACGAAGCUUCGAUAGAUUCUGUUUCCAUGGAAACACUUGAUGGUAACCAUGGUAACAGCGAAGAUGAAUGGUCGCAAAGUGACAUCACAGACCUACAGAUGGAGUCCCCAACCCAAGUAACAAAGAUCGCCCCAUCCUCCGCCUCUUGCAGCUCCAUUGUCAUCCGGACUGGCACCGAGAGCAGCAGUGACUCCGUUUCUGUGUCCCGUAUGUCUGUAUUGUCGCUCGACAGUAUUGUGAGCGGGGAUGCAUUAAGUAUUGAUAGCCAUGAAGUGUAUAUAGCAGCAGGGGAUAUCAGGAGAAGAUUGACCGAGCGAGUACAAGGUCAGCAAACCAAUUCUUUCCGUCGUGACCCAGAUGAUCCUUCUGCUGCUGCAUUAAAAGAACCAUGGUCAGCCAAAGUACAACGGAUACGAGAUUCCUCCCCAUAUGGCCACCUUGCUAACUGGAAGUUGUUUGCUGCCAUUGUUAAGUGUGGGGAUGAUCUUAGACAGGAGUUACUUGCUUACCAGAUGUUAAGUCAGUUGGAUGAUAUCUGGAAGAAGGAAAGAGUUCAGUUAUGGCUCCGUCCUUAUGAGAUCAUAGUUACAUCUAAUGAUAGUGGAAUCAUAGAACCAAUUGUUAAUGCUGUAUCUUUACACCAGGUUAAGAAGAACAGUCAAAGCUCUUUGCUCAACUAUUUCUACCAAGAAUAUGGUGGUCCCAACUCGGAAGGCUUCCUAACUGCACAACGAAACUUUGUGGAAAGUUCUGCAGCUUACAGUUUAGUGUGUUACCUUCUACAAGUCAAAGACAGACAUAAUGGAAACAUCUUACUUGAUUCUGACGGCCAUAUUAUCCACAUUGACUUUGGAUAUAUUUUAUCAAGUUCACCAAAGAGUCUUGGUUUUGAAAGUUCACCUUUUAAGCUUACAGAAGAAUUUGUGCAGGUAAUGGGGGGUUUACAAGGAGAUAUGUUUGAAUAUUACAAGAUAUUGAUGUUGCAAGGAUUGGUGUCAGCGAGGAAACAUAUGGAUAGAAUCGUUCAACUUGUUGAAGUUAUGUCAGCAGGUCCGUCGCUAGCAUGUUUACACGGUGUUAGUACGGUUCGUUCGUUACGAGAGAGGUUCCAUCUUUCCCUUACUGAGGAUCAACUGCAUGAACUAGUUGAGAAUAUGGUUGAAGGAUCCAUGCGUUCAUGGACCACUAAGCUGUAUGAUAACUUCCAAUAUAUAACUAAUGGCAUACUGUAAAAAAGCUGGCAACACUGAAAUAUUGAGCUUUAUUUUUUGAUCCACUUCUUGCGUUUGGAGAACACCAUCACAUUUAAAAGUUAUUGCGCAUCACUGGGUUGGAUUUUAUGUUGCGCAACACUGGUAAUGGAGUUCAAUACAAAGUAGAAUUCUUGCUUCAAUCUCCGCAACUGACUCCUACCUUUUAGACGAGUCAGCCAUUUUACCUUUGCCUUGUGCAAUAAAAUAGUAAAUUACUCCCAUACCCACUUUACACUGGUUUGCUGUCGGCAAACUCUUGUUUUUCUUGCUUGUUAUGCAAUUGCUGCUUCGUCUUUUAUCUGAACUAAAUGUAAUAAACAUCUGACUUGCA